CCGUCACAGUUUAGCGAGUGCUGAAACCAGUAGCGCUAAGAUGAAAUUCGUAAUCCUCGCCGCAGUGUUGGCCACCGCCUACGGCGGCAUCAUCGCCCCCGUCGCCUACACCGUCCCCUUCGCCGCCCCCAUCGCCGUCUCCAGCCAGUACCACGCGCAGGACACCCUCGGCCAGUACAACUACGGCUACAUCAACGGACUUUCGUCCAAAGCCGAAGUCAAGUCGGUGGACGGCAUCACCAGGGGCGGCUACACCUACGUGGACGCGGAAGGAAAGCUCCAGAGUGUCCAGUAUACCUCUGACUCCGCCAACGGGUUCAGAGUCGCCGCCACCAAUUUGCCAGUAGCGCCACCAGCACCCAAGGUUGAACCCCUCCCUCAACCCAUUCCGGUGCAAGACACCCCCGAAGUCGCCGCCGAAAAGGCAAAGCACUUGGCGGCGCUGGAAGAAGCCAAGGUGAAGGCGGCCGAGCCUGUCUCAGUCACCACCUCGGUGGUUUCCGCCGCCCCCAUCGUUCCCGCUCUUCAGACGUACGCCUACGGCAUCAGCUCCCCCAUCGUUAGUACCUACGGUACCUACGCUUAUCCUAGUAUCCCUAGUCUUGCGUACGCCGCCCCCUGGUUGUCGCCGUCUUUCGUCGUCAACGCGCCAGUCGCUCCCGCCGAUACCCCGGAGGUGGCUAAGGCCAAGGCCGAGCACUUGGCGGCUGUGGAAGAAGUGAAAGCUCGUAAUUGAGAUUUUGUUGAUCGAUGUAUGUAGGUAGAGGUUAAUAAAUUUUAUUAUGAAAAAUGUAAAAAAAGUGGUUAUUGUGCAUACA